AUGGCGGAGGAUAGUCCCUUCUCAUGGGACUAUCAUCGGGCACAGAGGAUGGAGCUGACGCCCACGCAGCUGCAGCAGGAGUUCACGCAGAUGGAUGCCGCUGCAGAGGAGCUCUCGCCUAGAGCACGAGAGCCGUCGGUGGCUCCGACAGAACUGGAUGCUCCGACAGAGCUGGAUUCGCCUGGCUCGGGGAGGCAUAGUGGCAUGCCGUCUCCUGGUGCGGCUUCGCUGGCUAGCACAGUGCCGGGGUUUCCAACUCCGUAUGCCAAACGGGUACGGAAGCAACAGAUGCAGGCCAGAGAGGCAGCGGUGGGGGCUGAAGCCUCUCAGGCUGCAGAGUGCGUAGAUCCUGAGUCUGGGAAGCCUGGCAUGCUUGCAAGCCAGUAUACGCAGGGCUUCUUCAACACGCCUCCAAGAAAGAGGCGCAGCGAGAGGAACUUCAGCCCGCCGUCCCAGGAGGCGGCAGGACAGAGAGUUUCGGCCAGCAGUGCAGCUCCGCCGACAGAAGAUCAACCGCCGCCACGAAAGAGGCGCAGCGAGAGAGACGUCAGCUGUUCGUCUCCACAGGUUCCACAGCAGAUGGUUCCGGCUGACAGUGCAGAUCCGACGACGCAGGAGGUCGUUCACAUGCUUGAAGCCCAGCUACCCCCGGAGGACGUCGUACCGCUGUUCAACGAGAAUCCAGACUUCCAGAUUGCAGUGGAGACACACCAGGAGUCCGUGGCAUUUUCCUUGUUUGAAGUCUCCUGCGAGGUGAGUCGGCGGCUAUGGCUCAUCUACUGUCUGGGGCUCGCGGAUGCAAACUCCUGGCGCGAGAAGCACGAUGGAACUUACAACCAGACCUUCACGAACCAUGGAAUGGCGGCUAUAGGACGUUACCUGCUCCACGGCGCACACCAAGUGUAUGACGAAGCGAAAGCUGUAGAGAGGAACCUGAGCGCACGUGACUGGGCGAAGCGACAGAACUACCCUAUGGCAAGGCGUGGGACGGAGACGAUCGUACAUAUUGCGCCGCAGCAGCGAGUCCCCUGGGAUCCUCGAGUAGUGCGGAACUCGCAAUCUGAAAAUGCCGCGCAGAUGACUUUCAGCGCGCCGAAAAAGAAACCUGCUGCUGCGACAAGCAACGCGCCGAAGAAGAGGCCAGCAAGUGCGGGGGCCAGUGGGCAAGGACAAAAGACCUACUCAUUACGAUCUGACUGGGGGCUGGAGCCAUGUGUCUACUACUGGGUGUUUGAGGCAUGGCGCGUUACGGGGGCCAGGUGUCAAGUAAUCCAUGUCUGA